CAGAUCGCUACAUCGACGCCGGUCCUCAUCGCCGGCCGAAACUUCGACUAUCGACUCGUUCGUCACAGACUCACAGUCAGUUUCAUUUCUGCUUCUUCUCUCUCUCGUUGCUGGACCAUUUAUGUGGUUUACUUUACUUAAGUCUUAAGGUCAUACCAAGCAAGCAUUUGGGGGAAGAAGAGUGUGUGUUUUUCUUUGUUUUGCAAUCUGUGAUUUUGUGAGGAGAAACGAAGAAAUGUCGUUCAGAGGGAAGGAGAUGAUGAAGAAGCUUGUGAAGAGAGUGGGUGCGGAGAAUAUAACGCCGGAGCUCAAGGAGAAGCUCAAGGCUUGUGUUCCCGAUGCCAAAGUCGUCAUGGGCAGAGCCAAACGCGGUCUCUACGCCGGCCGUCAUAUCCAGUACGGCAACCGCGUCAGUGAAGACGGUGGAAACAAGUCAAGAAGAUGUUGGAAACCGAAUGUUCAGGAGAAGCGAUUGUUCAGCUACAUAUUCGACCGCCACAUUAAAGUCAAAGUCACAACACACGCUCUCCGCUGCAUCGACAAAGCAGGGGGAAUAGACGAGUACUUGCUGAAAACACCAUACCAAAAGAUGGACACGGAGAUGGGUCUCUACUGGAAAACCAAAGUGGAGCAAAGGUAUGCAGAGCUAGGUCAAAUGGAAGUAGCCUUCUUCACUCCAGAGGAUGAAGCCAAGUUUGAACAAGGUUUCAAAGACUUGAAUAUAGCUAAGAAAGAUGCUCGUAGGGAAGCCAGAAGAAAGAUGUAUGGAAGGAAAGGCGGAGAAGAGAAGGGUGAGGAAGAAGCUUCUAUUGAAGGUGUUGUAGGGUCAGAGUCACACCAAGAAGAUGAUCAUGGUUGGUUAGAAGCUAAAGCCUAGUGCUGUUCCCUUUUCUUUACAUGGGUUUCUUCAACGUUUUGGAUUUUCGGGUGAUGUGAGAGCUAUGUGAGGUGUUGGUUAUAGGUUCGAUUCCUCCCUACGAAUCCCAUAUCUCAGGUUUUGAAUUUGAUCAAUGUCGGAAAAGUCUUGUAAUAAGCGGUUCACAGUUACACCUCUUUGGAAUUGGAUCUCUAUUUACUCUUUUUACAUACUCGUCCUUUCCGUUGGGUUGUUAGUCCUGAAUGGGAAAGUUUAAACAACAUCAUUAUCAAAUAAAAUAUACUUUAAAUUCU